CCCGGGGCGUUACAAGUUCAUGGGGGGUGAAGUUCAAACUGCCGGAGCGGCUCGACAGAGGGAACCAGUGAACCAAGACGGUGUUAAGAAACUGUCUAGGAGACGGAAGGUUCUCCCUGAAUGUCAGGUGGGUCCGUUGACUGUCAAGAGGUUUGGCGAACGAAUACACGUCCCUACAAACGUAGCAGUCAAAAGAAGGGCGAGAAAAUACGAAAGUAAUGGUCAACGUGGUCUUGCGAAGAAAAACGGGAUUAAUUUAAGUAUUCGAAUAAUUGUUAAUAAAGGUUUAACGAAAGAGACCGGGCACUUUGUUAUAGUUACUCACCUUGAUUGA